UUUUAAUAUAUCUAAAUAUUUUUGUUGGCAAGUCGUUAGUUUUAUAACAGCGCCGAUCUGGCGAUACCCACCGGAAAUAGAUCAACAUAAUUUUCCUCCGACUCCGACGCAUUUUAGUAUGGAAGUUUCAAAAGAACCCAAUUCAAACCCGGGUCGGAUCGACGAUUCAGAACUCGAACUCUACACCAUUCCAAGCUCUUCCAAAUGGUUCGCAUGGGACGAAAUCCACGAAACAGAGAAAACAUCAUUCAAAGAAUACUUCGAUGGAACUUCAAUUUCGAGAACUCCAAAGAUAUACAAAGAAUACAGAGACUUCAUCAUCAACAAGUAUCGUGAAGAACCUUCUAGAAGACUCACGUUCACCGAGGUACGAAAAUCACUAGUUGGUGACGUCUCGUUUUUGUAUAAGGUUUUCCUUUUUUUGGAGCAUUGGGGUUUGAUUAACUACGGUGCGCGUUCUGGUGGGGAAGCGGAGAAGGAACACGAGGAGGAAAUUUGCAAGGUGAAGAUAGAGGAAGGUGCUCCUAAUGGGAUUCGUGUUGUUGCUACGCCUAAUUCUUUGAAACCUAUUUCGUUGCCUAAGACUGGUACUGAUGGUGGUAGUAAUGUUAGUGGGAUUGGUAUCAAAAUGCCGCCACUGGCGUCGUAUUCGGAUGUUUACGGUGAUUUGAUUCCACGGAAGGAGUUUAGUUGCGGGAAUUGUGGUGAUAAAUGUGGUUCUGGACACUACAGAAGUACCAAGCAGGGUAAUUUCAUUAUUUGCACGAAAUGUUUCAAAAACGGGAAUUAUGGGGAGAAAAGGUCCAUGGAGGAUUUCAUAUUAAAUGAGUCAAGUGAAAUUAGUGCCAACCACAGUGCUAUCUGGACCGAGGGAGAAACUCUUCUUCUAUUAGAAUCUGUUUUGAAGCAUGGGGAUGACUGGGAACUUGUUGUUCAAAGUGUUCAAACCAAGACUAAGCUUGAAUGUAUCUCAAAACUUAUUGAGCUGCCAUUUGGGGAGCUCAUGUUAGGUUCUGCUCGCAGAAAUGGUAACAGUUAUAGUGUUACUGGAAUCAUGAACAACGGAAAAGAAGUUCAGUUGUCUUCAUCCGAUCACCAAGAAACUCCAACAACACAGGAAACUUCAACGAUACAGGAUCAAUCUUCAGACCCUAAAAAUGAAAAUGAGAAGAAUGGAGAUGCUGUGGAUGAAAGUCCUUCAAAAAGGCAGCGCGUUGCUCCACUUUCAGAUUCCAGCAGUUCACUAAUGAAGCAGGUGGGACUGCUCUCUACAGUGGUUGACCCUCAUAUCACAGCUGCUGCUGCUGAUGCUGCUAUAACAGCACUUUGUGACGAGAAUUUGUUCCCAAGGGAUAUAUUUGAUGUUGAAGAGGAUAAUGCUUCUAGUGCAAGCUCGCUUACCAGUUGUUCAGCGAGAGCCCUCAAUGGUGAAGAUUUAGAGACGGCGGAGAGGUCCACUCAAUCAGAAGUAGACGCGGGAUCCCCAAAAGACGACAUACCAUUGACACUGCGUGUAAGAGCUGCCAUUGGAACCGCUCUUGGAGCUACUGCUGCUCGAGCAAAGUUGUUGGCGGACCAAGAAGACAGAGAGAUUGAACAUUUAGUAGCAACUAUAAUUGAAGCUCAGAUGGAGAAGUUGCAACAAAAGGUUAAACAUUUUGAUGAACUUGAGCUUUUGAUGAAAAAGGAACAUGCUGAAUUGGAAGACCUUAAAGAUUCGAUCUUGACUGAACGGAUUGAUGUGUUGCGGAGGACAUUUAAGUCUGGUAUCGCUAAAUGGAAGGAUUAUCCUUGCGUUAAAUCUUAGAGCCAAUUUUGUAUGUAUCUCAGCAUCUGUUGUAUAGUUUUGGUGCCGUUGCCUAUGAUUGUACUAUCGUUUUACACCAGAGCACAGAUAAGUACUGUAAAAUUUGCACUAUCAUUGAACACUGUUAAAUGUUCAACAGCCAAGAGCAAACUACUUUUAAGUUUUUAUUUGGACAAAUUGGAUUAUUUUUUAUUA